AUGGACCCGUUCCUCGACGACGAAGUCACGGAUGAGCAGCCGAAUGGCGAGGAGGCGCCAGCAUACCACCCAAAGGGAGAGGAGGGGUUGCCGGUGCAGGGCGAGACCCGGAGCAGUCCAGCCUCGAUUUUGAUGCGCGGGCUCGGCAGCGAUGACGGCGAAAAAGUGACGGCGGAGGACGACCGCAAUCUGCUUGGCGACCCGUCUGUGGCGGGAGCAUCAACGGCGCUCGCAGGAGGUGGAGGCGACAAGGGCGUCGGGCGUUCGCCCAAGUAUCAGGAGUUCCUAUCUAGAUAUUCGCCCUUGCUGACACAUCGUAUGGCCGGAGACUCGGCUCGGCUACUGGACGGCCUCGGCGAUGCCGUUCGCGCGGUGCUCGCGCACAAGAACAGCUUGACUGACGAAGAGUGGCUCGUCGCGCUUGCGCACGUUGAAGCCAUCCGCUGCAGCAGGGCGGCGGCGGGGAUAGAGCUCGAGGACGACACUCCGCAGUGGCUUGUGGAAGCGGCGAUGAAGAUGACGCUGGUGGAGCCGGAGGAGGAGUCGCGGCCCGCCUUCUCAGAGUCGGACUGCCGGCGCGCUGGCUGGUGUUGUGGGGAUUCUUAA